GCUAUGCUACUACAUUAAUCAGUGUCUACUGUCUCUCAACGCGGAAAAACUCAGGAAGCUUUGUGCGGCGGGCGUUCAUACUGUUUCCGUAUGAAUAACAUGAUAACAAACAAUAGUAAAGCAAGUCUAUAGCCCCUAGUUUGCGAACUUGCCACACCUUAGUGUGCCUGUAUGGCUCACCAUUUCGUCGCGUCUUGGGCCUAGUGGCGCAUAGGGCACUACGUGAGUGGAGGUGGCAUUAAGGCCAAAUGGAGCAAGCAGAAGGAAGUGGGAAGGUGUCCACCCUGGCGCAUUCGCGGCCACCUGUGGUUCCCAAAAAGACAGAUGCUGGUGUCAAGACCGCAAAAGUGUCUGGCAGCGGCGGGGUACGCCCACCGUCAGCGGGCUUAUCUGCGUGGGAGGAUGCUGCAGGCCCCCACGACUGCGACCUUCUCGCCUAUUUGGGAAAGGCGGAGGACGCGGCUGCUCCCGGCGGCGUGCGUUCGGGCUCCUCUCCAGGGAACCGCACCCUGUCGCAGACGGGUGACGGCAACCUUACACAGGCGCUCCUGGCGGCGCGCGUGGCAGCAGAGGCAGAGCGAAGCGCGGCGCAGCUGGAGCAGCGACAGGAGCUGUCGCGCCGUGCGUCGCAGGCAUCCCGUGCCGGCAGCGGCAGCGGCAGCGCGAGCGGCGCCAGCGACAGGACGGGUGGAAGCGGCAAGCCGCCGCGAGCUCCCGAACAGACGUCCUCGCCAGCGGCCGUGGCUGCGGGCCCGGCAGGCAGCAGGGAGGCCGCGGACCCGCGUUUGCAGGGAAUGUUGUUGAGUGAUGAGGAGGACGAUGAUGAUGACCUAGUGGACCUGAUGGAGGCAGAUGAUGACGUCCUCUUCGCGGGGUGCGGCGACGGGGACAGAGAAAGGAGCCGCGCGAGCGGCACAGGCGGCGGAAAGCGUGCGGCAGCGGCGCCUGCGGCGCUGACAGGUACCGUGGCGCAAGCGGAGUCAGCAGAAGGGGCGGGAGCAGCUGGGUCAGCGGCGCCUGCUGGGAGGGGCGCUGGUGGCAGCGGCAGCGGUGCUAGCAGCGGGAGCGGUGUGCUGGCCGGCGGCAGCCGCGGCAGCAGCGCGGAGAGUGCCGGUGCGCUCGCAGCACCUGGCGGGCGGAAGCGGGUGCAGGGCUCGGGCAACUCCCGGGGCGGCGCUGUCGCACAGGCAGGCCACGGCGCCGGUGUCGUGGCACCCCAGGCGGCGCAGCCUCUGUACGGACAGCCGUCGCAGGCGUUACUGUCGUACCAGCAGCAGUACUACAGCCAGCUGCAGCAACAGCAGCAGUACGCGCAGCACGGGGGUCAGGCGGCGCCGUCCAUUCCGGUGGUGCAGGUCGGCGAGGGGUUGCGCCAGCUGCAGAUGCAGCCGCGGAGAGCCUUCACGCCAGGGCAUACAAGUCGCUCGCCGGUGCGGGGCUCGGGCUAUGUGGUUGCAACCGCGUCCAACGCCCGGGUGUUGACACCGCCGGGCUCGCCGACGUCGCGGGGAGGCCCGUCGGGCGCCCAGCCAGUGCUCAGCGGCAACGUCGAGCCCGGCUCCGUCUACUCGGGCGCCAACAGCGCCCCACAGUCCUUCCUGAGCCGGGCGCCGUCCCCACCCAGCGCGGAGGCUGACGGUCGCGCCCACACACCGCACGGCCAGGGGCAACAGCAGCAUCCAGGCGGCCAGCACCCGCACAUUAGCGGCACCAGCAACAGCCCCAGCGGGUCUCACGACCACACCGCACCACACGUUGUAGACGGCGGCGGGCCUGAGGCAACGGCGGCGCUCCUGGCGGCGUUUGCUCCCACCACGUCACCACACCGGCACGGUGGGGGCUUCAACAUGAGCAGCUGGGGCUCACCCCACCACGGCGGCUGGGCGGCCGGAGGUGGAGGAGGCGGUGGCGGCGGCGGUGCAGGUCGCUUCUCGUCCACCAGUGCCGGCUACACGGCUGGUCUGGUAUACCGCUCGAUGCCUAUCAGCCAGGUGCCGGGUAGUGCGGCCGAAGACGGAGCUGCUGCGGGAGGCAGCGGCUUGGUGGCGCGGAGUUCAAUUAGCCCCGGGCGACUGAGUGGGCGGGCACCUACGCUAGGGCUCAUGCGCGACCGCCACGGCAGCGCCAACGCGUCGGGGCCCCUCGCCGCGGCAGCAGCUGCUGCAGUGGCGGCCGCUGGCUCCCGCACCGCCACCUCCCCGCACGCCAUGCGCCCCGCUACCUCUCCCUCACGAGCCCGCAGCUUCGCUUCCGUCGGAUCGGCAGUGGCCGGGCCUUUAGAGCCAGGUUAUGCCCGCGCCUACGCGGCGCCAUCUCGCCAAUCCUUGAAACGCGCCGCACACGGUACGCCGCCUGCGCCCCUGGUCAUGAGCGGUGUGGUCAUGUCGGCACCGGCAGCCGAGGGCGCCGACGGGGUGGCAGCCGGGCCAGGUGGCGAACCCGGUGCGGGCGUGGCGGGCGGAAUGCUCCGGGGUCCUAUGGUGCCUGCCAUGCCUCAGUAUCACCAUGCCCCGCCGCCCAUCCGGCACUGCGGCUUCGGGCCGCGCGCCGGUGGCCACGGCAGCCUCGCCGCCGCCUUCAGCGCCUCGUCAUCUCCGCCCACGUUAGCCAUGAGCGGCGCUGCCGGCACCGGGGGCACAGGCGCCGUGAAUGUGGCGCCAUCGGUGUUCUUGGGCAGUCGGGCAAAGGCGACAGACGAGAGGAUGAGGUUGGCGCUGCUGGCCAAAGUGCUGGCGGGAGGGGCGGGCGGUGGUGGGAAGGACCCGUCGCCGCCGCCGCAGCACCACCUGCUCAUGCUGGCGCACCAGCAGCAGCAGCACCAGGUGGCGAUUCAGCACGGGCACGGCGGGCCGGGCCACCAACAACAGCACCACACCUCGCCGGGCGGGGUGGCGGCAGAGGGCCACGCCGCUCCCCUCGCAGCUAAUGGAUUUGCGCCGGCUGCGUUGGCAGGUGCCGGCAGCGCUGGCCCCAUUCACCGGCAAGGCCCGCUGCCGCACCUACCAAACUCGGGCGCAGGAGAACAGGGGCACCCCGGUGGGUUCGUGCCGCACGUGGCGCUGCCUGCGGGACCCACCCUCGCUGGGCGCAUUGGCGGCGGCCUGGUGCCCGGGCAUGGACAGGGGCAGGGCCAGAGGGUGGCUGCCACACACGCGCACCAUCACGGCUCGUCUGCUCGUAGCUACAGCUUCGACAGCCCACGCAAUGGUGCCGUGUCGCAUGCCUGAGUCGCGGUCAUACUAUCAUACGACCGUCUACGAUUGCAAGGCUAAUAGCAGUGCGGAUUGCACGCGCAGACAUGCUUGUUGUAUCCCUACGUAUGGUGUUGUGGAAUGAGUGAUGGGUAUCUCCACGUUCGCAUGCAAUUGCUAGGCUCGGCUGUACGGUUGCAGUAGUUUCAUUAUUAGUAGUUAUUCAAGUAUGCCCCCUCAAGCGACCGGAUGCUAUGUGCACGCCGAUAAUGUGGCAUGUGUUACGGUACUCUGCAACAAUCUAAGCCGGCCGCAAGAGGCUGAUGGUGUCGUCAUGCGUUGUGUUAUGAUCGUAAGAUGUGUGGGUGCUACCAACGAAGAACGCAAGAAAGCCGGGGCGCGUCAUGCUUUGUGUCAUGAUGCGCACAAAACGAUACACGCUCUGCACAAGAGUGCAACCCUGCACGAGUAUGUUGUGACGCAGAUGCAUUGCCUGGGCGCUAUCUGCACGAAGUAUGCUUGUGAGUACGAAGGAACAGGGCUGAGGGAAGGGUGGCGAAGCAUUCUCGGGUGUGGGGCCAGGUCGAGGUGAGGAAUGGACGCGGGUGGGUUCGCAUUCGGGGUUCGUGGAAUGGAGAGGAUGAGUGGCGUCCCGGCGUCUUGUGGCCAUCUAGCUAUAUCGUGUGUUAUGGACAGUCCCAGGGACGCGGGAAUGGAGCAGGUGCGAUGGAUACAAACGCGGGUGGUUUGCAGGGUGUGCUUCGGCAAUGGCACCGACCGCAGCCAGGAGCCUGUGCCACGGCGUCCCGCCGGAAGUGGGGCGUGCAUGCGGCAUAGAGCAUCAGCCAGGCCCCUGCGACACCUGGAUGGGACCACCAACCCGGCA